AGGGUCUCACCGAGGAUGGUGCAAAUUGGUUCAGCAUUGUCCGGGUUGGAUGGAAUGUCGGACAGGGUCGCCUUGCCUGGUCAUACUCUACCAAUUCAUAUUGAGAAGGCUGCCAUAGCACCACCAGUGUUCGUGUUCCAGAAGGAUAAAGCGCAGAAGCGGUCAGCAGAUGGAUCGAGUGCGGAAGAUGGAGAAGAUUCCGACAAAGAUGACGGUGGUGGCUACUGUCCACCAAUGAAAAGGGAGAGAACUUCGUCCUUAACACACUUUCCCCCUUCACAUGCUGUUGGUAGUAAAAACAAUGUUUUCAUGCCCCCGAAAGUCUGCCAGUCUCCAACUGGGAAUUCAGAGGACUCCGAGCCAGAAGAAAAGCCUGUUGGUUUUCGUUUAAAGCCACCAAUUCUCAUUCAUGGCCUGGCGCCAAGUUCAGAUUCUGUUCCAGGCGUCCCCUGUCAGAAACCCAAAGAGCAGCAGCGCAGUGUGCUCCGGCCAGCCCUGCUUCAAGCUCCCCCGGCAAAGACCAACUCGGAGUCCACCAACGGAGUGAAGUCCUCUGACAGGUCAACAGUAGGGUCCACCAUCUUCCAGAACAACACUGAGCACUCAGACGGCCUGGCCAAGUCACCGAAUCAUGAACGGGCCGAUGGAAGCAGGGGAGAGAACGAAUGUCCAGCAGAGGCCUCUUUUGUCUUUGGGCAAAAUAUCAAAGACCGAGCAAAGUUGGAGGAGUAUAGUAAAGAUGGCAAGUUAUUCCCCCUGGAUUCUCAGAAGGAAGGAACUAACUAUUUCCUACAGUACAUUGCCACGCCCAGUUCAAAGAACGCCACGAACAGUGCCGACAAGGAAGCCAAAUUUGUCUUUGGACAGAACAUGUACGAGAGAGUUCUAAGUCCUCCUAAAGCAGGAGAACCAUCAGUGGAGGACUCCAAAGCGGCUCCCCCGGUGUCUGAACCCUUAGCAAAGGAAAACACACCAGAAAAGGGUAACAGUGUGACAGAGUCCUUGGAAGAAUCUGCAGCAGCAUACACCAAAGCUACAGCCAAGAAGUGUAUCCUAGAGAAAGUAGAUGUGAAAACUGGAGAGGAAUCAGAGAGUAACGUCUUACAGGUCCAGUGCAAGUUGUUUGUGUUUGAUAAGACUGCCCAGUCGUGGAUCGAGCGGGGUCGAGGUCUGCUCAGGCUUAAUGACAUGGCAUCCACAGAGGACGGAUCACUACAGUCACGUCUUGUGAUGCGGACACAGGGCAGCCUGAGGUUGAUUCUGAACACCAAGCUGUGGCCUCAGAUGCAGGUGGACAAGGCCAGCGAGAAGAGUGUCCGCGUCACCGCCAUGGACACAGAGGACCAGGGAGUCAAGGUCUUCCUAAUAUCGGCCAGUUCGAAGGACACUGGUCAGCUGGCUGCAGCACUGCACCAUCGUAUCCUGGCUUUGAAGAGCAGGGCGGACCAGGAGCCCCAGGAGGCCCCGGCUUCAGACUGCGCCCCGGAAGCAGACUUGCCCCACUCCGAAGGGGACAGCGACGAGGAAGACCAGGUCAACAAUGCUCCAGGGAACUCUGAGGGAGAGGAGGCCCAGGCAGUUGGGAGCACAUAACGUUUGUCCUACUAAAGGACAGCCUGCCAGGACGCUGCUGCUGUAUGGGCGUUUUACUGCAGGCACCCCAAAGGACACCCUACUUUGACCAACAUGGGUUCUUCAGACCAGAACUUUUGGAUAUUUGGAAGAAGAUUCUAGCUCCAGGAAUAGAAGCCUGUGCUGGAGUGUCUUUCCAACUCAACCCAACUUGUGCAGUUCAUUCCCUCCCCCCUCCCCCCCUCUGCAUUCAACCAAUGUAAAAAAAAAAAAAUCUGGAGUUGUUUUUUUUCCUUUUUUUUUUUUAUAUAUAUUUUUUUCCCUCGGCUGCAAAAAUAAAGACUUCACAGCUUUUUGGUUUGGGACUUGGCUGCUCAUCAUAUUGAUGAGUGUGAGGGUGUUUUCCUCUAUAUUUUAAGGUAUGGCACAUGUUUAAGACUGCAGUUUCUAAC